AUGUCGGAUUACGGGGACGACAACGAUCUCGGCGGUGGCGAUGCCGGCGCCGACGAGCCCAUGUACGAAGAAGAAGAGGAGGUUUUCGAGGACGAGCUGGAUCCCGAAGUCCAGGAGGACGGCGAUGAUGACUUCAACCGACGUGGCAACGAAGAGGAGGAGAAUGUGGUCAUCGCAGGCGACCCUAGUGCUACCGCCAAUAAUGCUCAGAAAGGCCCCUCUGCCAACAAGUCCAUCAAAGACAAGAGAAUUCCCAACGAGGAGCGAACAACCACACCCUACAUGACCAACAUGAAUGCGCCGGUUCUCGUCGAUUUGGAGGGGGAAUCCGACCCUCUACAGAUUGCCAUCAAAGAGAUGAACGAGAAGAAGAUCCCUCUAAUCGUUCGCCGGUAUAUGCCUGAUGGCUACUACGAGGACUGGACCUGCGAGGAACUUCUACAGUGA